GGGGGGGGGGGGGGAUGGGAGUGGAAAUCCUGUUAUUCAGAGGAGGUGGUGAACUUAUAUGACCUGGCGUCGAGACUCUGUCUAUAGCGAUUCAACAAGAGACAGACUAAGACGAGAUCACCUCAUUACUGCUUACCGUGCCAUACACGACACGCCUUGUUUAAGAAACCACACUCACACUCACGCACAACUCGCCAAAAUGUCGACCAUGGAAAAGGACCGCGUCUCCUCCAACGAGGUCGACUCCGACGACAACGUCUCGAGCGAAGAGCCGCCCAAGCAGAUGCAGCGCCGCAGCAAGAAGAAGAAGAGCAAGUCCAGCCGGCGCUCGAAGCAAGCCGGGCCGCUCGACCAGCUGCCGCUCGGCGGCGACGCGGUCAACAACACUCUGGGCGGCGUCACCAACACGCUCGGCGGCGUCACCAACAACGCCGUGGACCAGCAGAAGGGCGACGGCGGCAAGAGCGACACGCUGCGGCUGCGGCUGGACCUGAACCUGGACAUUGAGAUCCAGCUGAAGGCGCGAAUCCACGGAGACUUGGAGCUGGCGCUGCUCACCGGAUAAACUGGCGACUAAUUGCGUGUCUACCUAUCCAGGAACUAAGGCGUUCUUCCUUGUCCUGCGCGAGUGUGUACUGUGGGCGGCCGGAACAGGGCGGCCUCGUUCCGGCCUGGGCUUUGGGCGUUUGGGGAAUGAAUAUGGGCUUAGGAACCUCGAUGAAUAUUUUUCAAAUCAAUCACUGUGCCAUAUCA